UUGUUCUCAGCAGUUUUCGGCAUAUUUAUUUACAUCUGAUUUCUUUCUGAAAUGUCAUCAAAACUAGUUUGCCCUGCAAAUAAUGAACACUCACUUUCUUCAAAUAGUUCAGAUGAAAAAUUUGACAUUCAAUUAGUGUACGACUCUUUUGCUAAAUGUUGUGAAAAUAUUGAUGCAUUAAACAUGGACCAUUACCUUACUGGAUUUAAGGAGUUGUACAGAUUCUUCUCAUUGCUCGGUUCAGUCUUUGGGUUUGUGGCUUCGGAUAUCAUUAGCAAGGUAAAUAUUCUUGAAGAGUAUCAAAGGUCUGAAAAUGCUCAUGAAUAUUCUACUGUUCAAUCGAUGGUCGAGUAUGAAAGUUCCAGCGGGAUAACAACCGAUACGAGUCAACCGUCUGGAUCGAGAACACUCCUCCGUCUACAUCGUUCGCUAGAAUUUGUGAUGUCCUUCAUGCGGGAUAUAAGCACUGCCGAAGCAGAUUCUAAAACUUCCUCCAUAGCUCAGAAGUGUUACAAAGAGACUUUAUCCAAGCACCAUCCUUGGCUGAUACAGAAAGGUGCCUAUUUCGCCAUGUACACAUUACCUGCCAGGCAGCAAUUCAUAGAGCGUGUUUCUGGCGGCCCGUGUGAUUCUUGCACUGUUCAGCAUUAUGAAAAAGUCAUGGGAGAUAUUGGUGAGGUGCUGAGAAAGGUCUAUGAGGAGACGCAUAAAUUGUAUGAAGCAAAUAAUUUGCUAGAUUUACCUUAAUUAGUUUAAUGAACAUGAAAAAAAUUUUGCUUAUCAUGCACGCUUCACAGGGAUAAAAUUUUAUAUUGAUCAUCUACAGUACAGUCUUAGAAAAACAGCUUUUUUUG